AUGGCAAACAAGUUCGCAGUAAAAUCCCUGGACCACCUGGUCCUCACAGUCCGCUCCAUCCCCAGGACGGUGGCCUGGUACACAACCUACCUCGGCAUGCGGCAUGAGAUCUUCACAUCACCCCUCAACCAGGCCGUUCAAAGGCACGCUCUGAUCUUCGGAAGUCAAAAGAUAAACCUCCACCAAUCAGGCAAGGAAUUCGAGCCCAAAGCCCAGGAUGUCAUGCCAGGAAGUGCCGAUUUGUGCUUUUUAACUGAUGAAAAUGUCGAAACGGUCCUGGCUGCAUUCGAGGAGGCAAGAAUCGAGAUCCUGGAAGGUGCAAAGAUUGUAGAAAGAACUGGGGCCGUUGGAAAGAUCCGGAGUGUAUAUGUGAGAGAUCCCGAUGGGAAUCUUAUUGAGGUGUCGAAUUAUGCUUAG